AAAGCGUCAUUGUGGCUUAAACAAAUAAGGGAUACAAACUCAGUUCGUAGCAGAAAUUCCAAGUGGGCGGACAGACCCGCACAGAAUACAGAAAUAUUUAACACCGUGGAAACACCGGCUAAGGACAAAAAAAUUGGGCUACACACUGCUCAUCUUAGUAAUCAUUCAAGAUUUAACCGAGAACGAUGCCUCAACUGAUGCAGAUGACCCGUCACGUGACCUCUUGGCUGGGCUGGACACCGACGCCCCCAUGCGACGUCGAGGAGGAGGAGGAGCCGCUGCAGGAGUCCUCCGGCAUUGUGACCGUCCUGAUUCUCUACCUGGGCAUGGCCGGUCUCUUUGCGGCCCUGAAUCUCUGCACCAGUACCAACGACGACCAGGUGCGGGCCCGGGCUAAGCGGGAACUGGUGGCCAUGGAGCGCCGGCAGUUGCAGCGCCUGGAGCUGCGGGGCAGGACAACGGGCUUAACGCUGCCACCAUCCUGGCCGGCCACCAUGCCAUCGCUGAUUCGCGAUGUGGCUGCCCCAAGACGUCCUGCCGUUCUACUGCAAGAGCAGCGAUUGCGGAUGCGUUUGCUUCAGCAGAAGGAGCAGGAGCUGCAGGAUUCCCAGCCUUGGCACGACGCUGUGGAUAUAGAUGAGGAGGAGCAUGUGCAGCAGCAGGCCUCCAGCUGCCUUGUCCCAAGGAGACAGAAGUCCACAUUCUUUGACCUUCCUUCAGACCCCGAAUAAGCCAAUCCACCAGAAGAACUAUUCCAAAUCAUAGCGUAACACUCAAACUGAGGCAUGAGCUCAACAAUAUACAAGUCCCCACAAUUUA